GGGCGCGCAAUUCUCUUCUACUUCCUUCUACACCUUUUGCUCUGCCCCAAGCCCCCCUCGCACAACAUGAACAUGGGGAAGAGUAAGUCUGGAGACCUCGAGUCCCAAAUUCACACCAGCCGAUACACCGCCGCGCACGAAUGUGUAUCUGAAGAGGCCCUGGCUCACCUGAAGACGUACAAGUACUCGAGCGUCGACAAAAGCUUCAUCUCUCGCUACAUCCUGAAGCAUUACUGGAAUGGCUUCGUCGAGCUGCUGCCCAUGUGGCUGGCGCCCAACAUGGUGACCCUGCUUGGCUUCAUGUUCAUCCUGGGCAACGUGGCAUUAGUCGAACUCUACGUGCCUGAUCUUGUGGGUCCGGCUCCAGCAUGGCUGUACUACAGCUUUGCCUUUGGUCUUUGGAUGUAUUCGACCCUGGACAAUGUUGAUGGCAAGCAAGCGCGCAGAACGGGAACUUCCAGUGGCCUGGGAGAGCUUUUCGACCACGGUAUCGAUUCCCUGAACUGCACGCUUGGCAGCCUGCUCGAGACGGCUGCCAUGGGCUAUGGCGCGACGAGGACCGGCGCGUUCACGGCUCUGAUCCCUUGCCUGCCCAUGUUCUUCUCGACCUGGGAAACGUACCACACCCACACCCUAUAUCUUGGCUACUUCAAUGGUCCGACCGAGGGCCUCAUCAUCGCCUGCUCGAUCAUGAUCAUCUCAGCACACAACGGACCUGGCGUGUGGUCGGAUUCCCUCAUCAAACACUUCCCCUCCCUGGAAAACUACGUGGCGCCCACGACAACCUUCCGGGACUUUUGGGUCCCAAUUCUCCUUGGCUCCUUUCUGAUCGCCCAUCUGCCCGCGUGUGUCGUGAACGUUGCCAGAGCGCGCCGCGCCAACAAUCUGCCUGUCCUGCCUAUUCUGCUGGAAUGGACUCCCAUGGUCAUCUUCACGACGGCAACUUGUGCAUGGCUGGGGAGCCCUUACUCGACUAUUUUGGAAGAGUGGGAUGCUCCAAACAAGACAGGAGGUCACCUUGUUUUGUUCUGUCUGACCAUGAGCUUGGUGUUUGGACGUAUGACGACAAAGAUUAUACUUGCCCAUCUGACGCGCCAGCCUUUCCCUUAUUGGACCGUUAUGCUUGUUCCUCUCAUUGGCGGCGCCGUGUUGACCAACCUGCCCCGCCUUGGUCUGGGUUCACCUGCGGCUAUUGCCGUGUUCGAGAUCUGGUACCUUAAGGCUUACUUUGUCUUCGCGGCCGUCGUAUACGCGAACUGGGCAAUUCUGGUCGUCAACAGCAUCUGCAGCUUCCUUGGAAUCAACUGCCUCACCAUUCCGAGCAAGAAGGACAAGGAGGGAGAGAACGGUCAGUUGGAUUCUGAGAAGCGCGUACCCAACGGCACUGGAAGAAAGAGUGACUAGACUGCUUUUGCAGUCUGCGUCUAGAGUAAAUGGACACGAACUACUACGAUUCAUACGAGCAUGAUCGCGUCGCCAGGCGAGAGGGAUUACACAUACCUUCUCGUCAUAACCUGCCCUCAUACACGAUUUCCGGAUACAGCAUUUAAUUGACGAAGAGACGGCGGCACAAGCAUUUGGGGAGUUAGCAAGCGUUUGUAGCAGUAUGGCAUUGUUAACAUUGGGGGGCGCAGCGGAGUGGCAGAGCGCGGAGUUCGGAGCUGCGCUAUCGGAGUGUAGAUGACAAAAGACUUACCUACAUUAAUGUCGAUAGACCAGCUAGGCGCACACUGCGGCUAGACACAUGUACAUCUCUACGAUCACUACCUAAAUACCAAAACACAAAUCAUCAAUCCCGUGGGGUUCAGCCUCCUACUUCGG